AAAAAAAAAUAAAAAAAAACCGAUUGUGGUUUGGAAAGGUGGAGAAUAUACUGCGCAGACCGGAUGGCUAAUCCAAAGAUGAUUUAGUAAUGGCCUAAAGUGGUCAUUAGAGGAACAAAACCAACAGAGCGAUGAGAGUGUCGAUAAUAGAACGAAUACAUCUCCACUCUACAACCAGAUAGAGUCAGAACAAAUAUUUGAGCUGACACAAAUCAGCAGCAGAAAUUAUAGAGCCCGUCCUCACGAAGGCCAUAUAUCCUCCCGUCUACUUUAUGGUCUUAUCUCGGGAGGAUUCCUAGCCUUUACUAAUGAGCUUAAGUGCUCGUCCUGAGCUAUAUGAGUUAUUGCCAGAGGUGGGUCAAUAAUGGCCACGGAAGGCACCGGUCUCUGUGACCGCGUCUUCACGAACGUCAGAGAAAGCAUGGCGGGAACAGUAACAGCCAUCGAAGCCAUCAGAGGUACUCCGACAGUCCUAACGCUAACUCACGUUUCAGCGCUUAUAAGAUUGAUGCUUCGGUUUCCUCAGGGUACUGCUGUCGGCCAUUUGCAGCAUUAUAGAAACAACAACGAAGAUUGGUUCUCGCUUUGGCUAUUCGCAGGACUAAAUAAAUAUUGGGGGCCCCAUCCCGUGGACUCUAUUACUACAACUCUUCCUCCGACCGGACACAUCCUCCAACAAGAACUACACGCAACAAGAAGACGACCGGAGGAGGCGCGAAGGAGAUAA